AGAGAGAAAGAGACCAGUAUGAAGUGUGAGAGUGACACCCGACAGCAGUGCGGCCGCCCACUCUGUGACAGACUGCCUGGGUGAAUCUUUAAUUGUGUAAUGUUCAUUGACGAGUCAGCACAAUGCUGCUGAGAGCGCGGUGGCGCACCGAGCCAGACCGAGCUGAGCGAUGAAAUGCUCCCGCCGAGGAGGACGCAGAUGGACAGCCUAGUGGAGCCGCUCGUCGCCCAGUACCUCGCCAUGGGAUGUCAGUCAAAGGAGAAGCAAAACGAAAGCAUAACAGCAGACGACAAGGGAAAAGACGAUGUGAGGCUGACUUCAGGAUGUACGCUUAGCAGAUCUAGAGUUUCUCCACCGGGUCGAACUCGCAAGUUCUACAAACCCAUGCAAACCCAGGUUACUCCAAGCAAAUCAAUAAUGUCUCUGGGACAUGUCGCCAAAGGGGCAAGCUGGGAAGAACUGAUUCAGGCCUGUCUGGAAUUGUUUGACGCAGAUGGUCGCGUGAGGAAGAACGACCACCUGCUGAACAUCACCCUGACCAUGCACCGUCUCCUCAUGUCCUCCAGUGACCUGCUGGACAAACUCAUCGAUCGUUUUAAAACCGCUCUAGACAAUGAUCAGCCAGCAGAGCGCCAGAAGAUAUGCUACCUCAUCAGGCACUGGAUUCAGGAGUUCUGGAUGAUGUUCCGUUUACCCCACAGCUUGUCUGACAGCCUGGAAGACUUCCGGGAUCUGCUGAGAGAACACGGACAGGAGCAUCUUUGCUCUCUCUUAGAGACCAAAUGGAUAAAUGAGCGUGAGAAGUCGUGGAAGGCCAGCCUAAAGAUUCAACCUCACUAUAGUAAAAAGAGGAAAGUUUCUCUUCUUUUUGAUCACCUGGAACCCAGUGAGUUGGCUGAACAUCUCACUUUCCUGGAGUUCAAAUCUUUUUGUAGAAUAUCAUUUGUAGACUUUAUAAAUUACAUUCGACACUGCUGCAUGAAGGACAUCCCUGUGCUGGAGCGUUCCAUCGCCCUGUGUAACGGGAUUUCCCAGUGGGUUCAGCUGAUGGUGCUGAGUCGGCCAACAGCUCAGCUGAGAGCUGAGGUUUUCACCAAGUUUAUCCAUGUUGCACAGUGUCUACAUGGUAAGCACAACUACAACACACUAAUGGCAGUGGUGGGAGGACUGUCUCACAGCUCGAUAUCGAGACUUAAAGACACCACAUCGCAUGUGCCUGAUGAAGACACCAAGGUACUGAACGAGAUGACGGAUCUGCUGUCCUCCUGCAGAAACUAUGACAACUACAGACAAGCUUAUAAUAGGGUUACAGAUUUUAAAAUCCCCAUCCUCGGUGUCCAUCUCAAAGAUUUGAUUUCUGUCAACGAGGCCAUGUCAGAUUAUGUGGAUGACAACAAGGUGAAUGUCCAGAAGCUCCAGGCACUCUACAACCACAUCAACGACCUUAUUCAGCUGCAGCAGAUCCCUUCCAAACUGGAUGCAAAUAAGGACCUUGUUCAUCUGUUGACGCUGUCCUUGGACCUCUACUAUACAGAGGAUGAGAUUUAUGAGCUGUCUUACGCACGGGAACCAAAGAACUGUAAAGCACCGCCAGCUACUCCCUCCAAACCUCCAGUUUAUGUGGACUGGGCAUCAGGAGUGGCUCCUAAACCUGAUCCCAGAACCAUCAGCAAACAUGUGCAGAGGAUGGUAGAUUCCGUGUUUAAGAACUACGAUCCAGAACAGAAUGGCUUUAUUUCUCAGGAGGACUUUGAGAAAAUUGCUACAAGCUUUCCUUUCUCAUUCUGUGUAAUGGACAAAGAGAACAACGGCCUUGUGAGCAGAGAGGAGAUCACAGCUUAUUUCAUGCGUGCCAGUGUUAUUUGCUCCAAACUGGGCGUGGGUUUUGCUCACAACUUCCAGGAAACGACUUACAUGAAACCCACCUUUUGUGACAACUGCUCAGGGUUUCUAUGGGGUGUCAUCAAGCAAGGUUACAAAUGCAAGGACUGUGGCAUGAAUUGUCACAGGCUGUGCAAGGAUCAGGUGGCGUUCGAAUGCAAGAAGAACACCAAAGGGGCCAGCACCGUUGACAGUCCAACACUGAGCUCCACGCCUGUUACAACAAGCACCUCAGACGGUUCAGAAGAGUGUCUUUUCCCUUACCCAUCAGAUGGAAGGAGGGACUGGAGCCCAGAAUCUCCAGUCACCCCCAACUGGAGGCCUGCAAGAGUCAGCAGCUACACCCAGACAGAGGGACCUCAGCUAUCCUGCAUCGCCCCUGAAGCCACCCGCUUUCAGCCCUCUCUUCUAGUCCCUGUCCCACCCAGCCUCCCCUCCUGUCCAAGCCCCAUUCCCAUGAGAAAACACUGUGCCAAGUGGGAGAACACCUCCAUCUUGCAAAAACCCAAAGAACCAGCUGAGGGGCCAAAAACGACUUAUGAAUCCCUGGAAUUUGAAAAUCUGAAACUUCAAAAAAAUAACGAAUCACUACGAAGGAAACUCAGGGAGGCGUAUCAGGAAGUGGAGAUGUUGAAGGCAUUGCUGAAGAAACACACUCUUCAUCCUGUGGAGGAAGACUCCUCUUCUUAGACUUUAACUCUCCAUAGAGACUGGUGCCACCCCCCUGACCCUCCCCUUUUGUUGAAACAUAUUAAUUUCUAUUUAUUGAUCACGGGCAAAGAGUGAGUUUUACAAAUACUAUGAAUCUCAAUGAAAUACAAUAUUAUUGAAAAUGUAUUUAUUUCAGUUAUUACAAGAAGUCAAAGUUAAAAUAGAUUUCAUGAAUUAAUUACACCUGAAAUUGUGUCUGAUUAAAAGGCACCCAUUGGUACAAUUAGAUCUAUUUACAAAAUGUAACUGCGACUCAGAGCGUGUUAUCCAAGUGCAUUUCUAAAAAAAAAAAAAAAAGUUAAUUAAAAGGAAAAACUGCAUUAAAAACAUUCUGCAAACAACAAGGAAAGAAGCAGGCUUGAAA